AUGGACGGAAUCGAGGACGUACUCGUAAGCGUUGAGCACUUCAAUAACAUUUUCACUCAGCCUGAGGAAAAUAAUAACUUGAGGUUUCUAGAUUAUCUAGAAUGCACAGUCACUGAUCAUGAUAAUGAAAUGCUCCAACAAGUUCCUACUGAAGAAGAAAUUAGGGAUGCUAUCUUUUCCAUGGAUCCCAAUAGUUUAGCUGGUCCGGAUGGUUUAAUGGCCAUUUUUAUCAGAACUCAUGGGAUAUCAUUAAGGUUGACAUCAUUGAUUCUGUUAGAGCUUUCUUUACUGGUGCCAAUCUUACAAAAUACUUCACUCAUGCUUGUUCGCUGUGAGACUAGCCCCUAUGCUAUGGUCUCUAAGAACCAGUCUGGUUUCAUUAAAGGCAGACUCAUAACAGAAAACAUUUUGCUGGCCCAGGAAACUGUCCAUGAUAUUAGAAAUAACACUGAAGGUGGCAAUGUGAUUUUCAAAUUGGACAUGUCUAAAGCUUAUGAUAAUUUUUCAUGGUAUGGAUUCUUCAACUCCUCAAGGGGCCUCAAGCAAGGUGACCCUUUGUCUCCAGCAUUAUUCAUCAUGGCUGCUAAAGCACUCUCAAAAUCCCUGAACAAUCUAAAUUCCAGAGAAGACUUCAAAGGUUUUCAUAUGAAGAACAAAGGUCCUCAAGUGAAUCACUUAUGCUAUGCAGAUGACCUUAUCAUUUUCUCAUUAGUUCAGAAGCACUCGAUCAAGAUGAUUAUGAAAAUCUUAAAGAAGUACCAGGAUGAAUCUGGUCAGGAGAUCAACAUUGACAAAAGUUACUACAUUACUCAUACUUCUGUGAAUCCUAGAAUCAACAAAAGACUCAAGAAGUGGACAGUUUAUAAGCACUCCAGCUUUAUUUUCAAUUACUUGGGGUGUCCAAUAUACACUGGGAGGAAGACAUCUUCACAGACCUGA